UACACUGGAACAUAAACAAAGGCAGGACGCUGCGCUGCAAUAAACUCAACUCUCCAGGUAUUUUAUAUGCUAACCGUACCGACAAAUUGGAGAGAGACUCAUUUCUGGAGCUAUGGAAAACGCAUUAUUGAUGCGGGUGAGUGUUUUUACCGACCAAGGAGGCAGGAAAUACAUGGAAGAUGUGACCGAAGUCAUAGUAGAGCCAGAGCCGGGAGAAGACGAGCCGACGUCGGGUGAGCCAGAAGAGACCAGUGGGGGAGACUGUACGUUCAGUUCUUUGGCUGCGGACACGCUUCCAGAGCGGACUGGUGAGCCCGCUGUGUCGCUACAAGUUCCAAAUGCACCAUGUGAACCCGUGCGAACGGAAAACCAAGGUAUAAUAGUGGAAGCGACUUUACCGGGAGGUCAGAGCCCGUCGCGAGCCCAGCCGAGUCCAGCGAGUCCUUCCCGCCGUUCCGUUGCAUUCUUCGCGGUGUUCGACGGGCACGGGGGUCGCGAGGCUGCGCAGUUUGCGCGAGAAUAUUUAUGGGAGUUCAUGAAGAAGCAGCGGGGGUUCUGGUCAGACUGUGACAUGGAGGUCUGUUCUGCUAUACGCAAAGGAUUUGUAGCCUGCCAUCACGCUAUGUGGAAAAAGCUACCUGAAUGGCCAAAGACACUCACAGGUCUUCCGAGCACAUCGGGCACCACAGCCAGCAUAGUGUUCAUCCGCGGAAACCGCAUGUAUGUGGCCCACGUCGGGGACUCGGCGGUGGUUCUAGGGGUCCAGGAUGACCCUUCAGACCCAUACAUCAGAGCUGUAGAAGUCACACAAGACCACAAACCUGAACUACCCAGAGAGAGGGAGCGUAUUGAAGGUCUGGGAGGGAGUGUUAUCAAAAAAUCUGGAGUGAACCGGGUUGUCUGGAAGAGGCCGAGGCUGAGUCACAACGGCCCAGUGCGUCGGAGCACUGUCAUUGACCAGAUACCUUUCUUGGCAGUAGCCCGCGCUCUAGGUGAUCUGUGGAGCUAUGACUUCUACAGCGGGGAGUUUGUGGUUUCUCCAGAGCCAGAUACUAGUGUGGUGACCCUCGACCCCAGAAAACACCGCUACAUCAUCCUGGGCAGUGAUGGUCUGUGGAACAUGGUGCCGCCUCAAGAGGCUAUCUCCAUGUGUCAGAACAAUGAUGAGGCUAUGGCUCCAUGCGGGGUAUCGAGUGCCCGGCAGCUGGUCAGCCACGCUCUGCUGCGGUGGCGCCAGCGCAUGUUGCGUGCUGACAACACCAGCGCCAUCGUCAUCGCCUUGCAGGAGCCCGGGACCUCCCAGGACGUGCUGCACCAUGAGGAGGUGCUGCUGGACUUAGCCAAGGUGUCCCAGUGUCCUCCCACCUCCCUAUCACGCGCUGACACUCCUCUCCUUCAGCGUACUCUAGAGGAAGACUCUCCCUCGGCCAUGUGUGAGCUCCUCCCUGCCUUGGAGCGACGGGAUGGACUAUCGGGAAGCAACAGCUUGUACCACAUGAAUCUGUCCGACAUGUUCACUCUGACUCCACUGUGUCCAAACAGUGGCGCUGAGUUACCCAGUCAGUCCGGUCCCACUGACAGGACAGUUGGCGACAGGACGCCCGACAUUAAAAGAACUACUGACCGAUCGUCACCGGGUCAGACAGCUAAGAAGGCCCGACGCAGGACUGCUGACAGGCUGCCGCUGGUCCAACACAACGCAGAGAAGAAACAGAAGGAGUCCAGUAACGUCUCACCCAUUCUCCAGCAGCAUAACAAGACCACGGUGUGUGUGUGCUGAAACACACACACACACAUCAACCUGCUGCCUUCCACAGUCCACCGUGUCUCCAGUGGCAUUUCUGUUCCUGAUGUCUGCAAGUGUCCCGCACAUUCUCACAGUGCAAACCAGCCUUGCUGUAAAGUCUGUGGAGAGACGUGUCUUCUUGCUCAGCACCACAUAUGAAAACUUAAGGAGUGCUCAUUUUCACACAACAGAUCUAGUUUGUUUGCUGAUUAUAGGUGUCUUAAUGGUUCCUCUUACUGGUAACCAUUGUAAGAAAUAGGUAUGACUAAUGAUGCCGGUGCAAUUAUUAUGAAUUUUACAGUUGAGUGUUAAGUAAUUGGUAAUGUUCAUGUAAAAGAAAUAUAUAUUUUUGUACAUUCUCUUAUUGUUCGAUGAUAAAACGUGAGAAUUAAGAUGAGCUCCACAACAGCUUUCUGCAUAUACCAUUGUGUGCACUGUUCGGUCCGAACUUCUGGACACAGAGAGAAAUCGGCCCCCAUCCUGCAGCCAUGUGCUCUCAAUCGCCUCCAAAACACAACAGCAGG